AUGCUUAAACCGAUCGUCAGCGGCAGCAACGGCUUGGAACAAGACUUCGAAGAUGUGCUUGCGGCAAUAAGCGAAACUUCACGAAGCCCACUCUUCUUCUUUGGCCUCGAUAGUACACCUUCCCAGAGCACCUCAUCCGCCACAGCGCAGCCGCAGAAUUCCGGCGUUGUGCAGCGGCAGGACCCGACCAGUGGCAAAGUCCCACAGAAGAAACCGCAGCCUUCACAACCCAAGGAGGAAGGCGCGUCCAAACUGCCUUCUCGCAGCGCGCUCAGUUCGCAAACAAGCUCAUCAGGAACUCCCUCAGGGCCAGGGGAUGCAUCCCACAAAUUGCUUGGAAAGGAACAUCCUCCAGGGCACAGUGAUGAAGACGAAGAUACAGCGAACCUUUGGAGAACAUGGGACAAGGAAGAUCUCGAACUGAUGUAA